GAUAUGAAGUUUAUCCCCAAAAUUGGCAGCCCCCACUAAGCACCACAUAAUGGUUUUGAGUGGGUGCAUUUUGAUAUCCAAACCAUUCAUUACUUUUGGUUGUAUAUCCAGAAAUCCAUCUUCUUCCACAUCUUCACGCAAAGCUUCAAGGAUUACGCCUUCAAAACCUAACCAAAUCAAGCAAUCUCAACCAUCUGUCGCCGAGAUUGAACGAGCCAUUGGUGCUGGUAUCUACCGUGACCAUGACCCUGCCAGUGAUACAACAACAGAGAAGAAGAGUGUGGUUGAUGCAGUUUUGUCGAAUUCAAUAGGAAAAACAGAGGGGGAAACUGAAAAGGCAUUGCGCCAAACAGGAGAAUGGAUAAGUGGACAAAGUGAAAAAACUACUCGUACAUAUGGAAAGAAAAUAUUAGAGAUUAUGUUUUUAUGGAUUGCACCAGCUUGGUUACUCUUACUUUUGGUUGCUACUGGUGCUGUUAAGUUACCUUUUAGUUUUUCUGCUCUUGAUGACCUUCUCAUGUGAAUAUAUAUUACUGCUUUGUCUUAAUAUCAUCAUCAUCGUAUUCAGUAAA